AUGGGCUGUUCUUCAUCAUUGCACAACAGAGAGCUUGUUUCCAAAGUCAAUAUUUCGAAUAACCUCAGCGAUGCUCAAAAGAUUGCCAUACAGAUGACGUGGAAAACGGUCGAAGAAAAUCGAACGAAGAUUGGAAAACAAACAUGGAUAAGGUAAUUUGGUUGUAAGAAAAAUUAUGUUUCAAAGACGCAUAUAUCCGAAGAUGUUAAUCUUGCGUUCAAGUGCAACAUUUUCCAAACUUCUGCUCACAGGAACAUGGAAAAAUACUGUAUUAGAGACAGGAAACGGCCGAAAGAUGUUUAUAUUCUAGAAUAACCUUUUUUCAAAUGUUUUAAAGAGGGAUUGAUUGAAGAUAUAUUUACAAAAAAACUCUUAUUGCAAGUCGCAGCCAGCUAAAAGUUUUGUUGUUUAAUUAAGUAACACCAGAUUUUGUUCCAUUAGUUCGUUUUUUAGGCUAGUAAAGUUCAAAAUUGGGAACAUGUAUCCCUAAAUUCAAUAACAAUGACCGUUUCUCUGGUACCCUAAUUAUUUUCAGCUUCUAAAUUGGCUGAAUAAUUUAUUCUUUAUUGUCGGUACAGUCACGAAUUUUCUGUAUAAUUUUUUUCAUUCAAAUCCGAGUUGAAUGUAAAAUCAAUGAGGUUGCACAAACAAGCUAGUUUAAAACACAGAAUGAAGCAAUCUAGAGAGAACUGAUUAAAAAAAAAAAAAAAAAAAUUACCCGACAAAUAAUGACACCUGCAGAUUUUUCUAUUUUCCUUCCCAGUAAUAUAUGCAAAGUUUUUGCGAAACGUUAACACAUCUUCUGCCUGCUGCGAUAGAGAACUUAAGGACAGAAUUCGCCAGGCAACGAGUGGAAACCGGAGAUUUAACGUCUUUCUUUACCGCCGUAAUGCUCUCUGUAAGUUUUGGUUCGUCCAGCUAAAACAAGAUUCAUUGAUUGGCGAACGAUAUCAAUUACAAAGCGCGCCAAACGGAAACUGUAUUUGUCUGCUUUCGAGUCGAUGUCCGACUGAUAUUAAGAAAACUCAAUGCUGCAAAGUUUGUGUUCCAUGCUACACUUUGCUCGGGGAAAUCUACAGGGAAAAAGCAUGAUUUAUUUUUAGCUAUGCAGGUAAAGCCUUCAGUAAUAAAAAUUAAAAAGAAUGAUCGUCGUGCAUAUUUUGAAGUGAUGAAUUUUUUUCUAUGACAUGUUCGUGAAUAUUAAAUUUCCCAAAUUCGUUUCUCUUGUCUAAUUGAUGAAAAUGAGUACCACGCGAAAAGAUUGAAACUUUAGAAUUCUCUCAUGAAAAACAGCUGUAGCCAUUUGAUUGAAACUUUACGCCUUCAUUGUCAAGAUAAACAAUGCAUGGAAUUAUCAGCGCUACGUUAAAAUAAGUUUUUAAAAUUGAAGUUGAGGAAAAUUAAAACAUUGAUCGUGAUCAAUUUCAAAAAAAAUUUGUACUUUUUGAAUUUUUCUGAGUUUAUGCCUUUGUCUGUAGUCACAUUCUAGCAACAGUAGCAUCUGAUUACACCGAAGGGCUCAUACGAGGUAAAGCUGAAGUUACUGUGUGAAAACUCUGCCUCCGUUGGUCUUUUAACAAAGGUUUCAGUUACCCAGCGAUAUAUCAUUAUGAAUACCAGAUCCCAGAUCCUUAAUUUAAUCAGCGAAAACCUUGCACUGUAGUGAGGCAUUUUAGCCAAACUUCCACCUCCAUGCAAACGGGAAGUUGAGAUGUUAAAAAAUUAUGAACGGAACUUCAAAGUCUCAGGAAGUCGUUCUCGGUUUGAAAUUUCUUACACAGUGUGCUUUCUGUACGAAUUCUGUUGAUAAUUGAAAACCCGCUUUUUCUUGUGAUCCCAUCGACUUUUUUCUAAAGAGAAAUACGAACAAAUUGCAGUAUAUGAGUUUCAUGGUGCGCUUAUUGUUCAGCACCUUGAUAACCUAAGUGUCAUUGAUGCUGUGACUUGGCUACAAAAGAGCGCAUUUCCCUCUACCGAGGAAAACGGAUUCACCCCUUUUAUAUCAGAUUUUUUUCCAUAAAAUUUUAAAGAAUUUUUUCCAUAUUGUGGUCUCGCUUCUUAUUAGCCAAGCCCUACCGUGGCGAUAGUGGAAUAUCAGAAAAUACCAGAUUUUUCCCCGAGAAAUAUCGAUAUAGCCUGAGAUUGCAUAAAAUUUAUAUGUAAAUAAACUCAUUUUCGUAUUCUAAAUGCUAAAAUUCCUGGAAAACAAGAUGAUUUAUAACAGUAUUUUGAUAAGGAAAACCCCUGACCAAGCCUGCAGGGCAGUUAAAACGCACUGUGCCCAUUUUAAGCCUAAAAGCAUAAAAUGUGAAUUCGAGACAUUGUAGAAUGUGCUGCGAAAAAAAGCUUGGUGCUAUGUCAGUUAUAUAAUCACCAUCUAUUCAAAUAUUUUCUGAGAAAACAUUACAUAAAUUAGCGCUUUGUCUCCGAAAUGUCUGUGUCAGACUGUCAACCAUUCAAUAGGGAAAAGUUACAAUUGAAAAGCUCAAUAAGACUUCAUUUUUCGUUGCAGGGUGUUCGAAUUAAAUCCUCAAAUUAAGAAGAUGAUGCCAGAGUUUAAUACAAAUGAUCCAGUGGAAGAGCUAAAAUCGGCACGAGCUUUAUUUGGACACAGUAAAACCUACAUGAAAUGUCUUGAAAAUGCUGUCACAUCCAUGGACGAUAAUGAACGCUUUGUCACUUAUCUUGUUGAACUCGGGAGACGACAUCAGGUUCGGCCCCUCAAAGCCCAUUACUUGGAUGUAAGUAGACUCUCUCUCUUAAUAGGUUUUCCCUUUUCUCAGUUUAUUAGAUCCGGUCGUUUAUGUAGUGAUGACUCUGAUUCCUUCGACAAAUCAGUGACAAUGUGCCAGUUUUUCGAAAAACGUGGCUGGUGGCCCGCUUGAACGACAAAAACAGGAUACCGCGCCCAAAAAUUGACCGACAAUCGGCAUUACAAACGGCUCAGAAGGAAAACACUGAUCGCAUUCCAUUCACUCUCACAUUUCACCCUCAAAACCACGCAUUUAAAUUCAUCAUUCUUGAAAACUUAAAAUUAGGUGAAAAUGAUUCAGAGACUGGUACAAUCUUUUCGCAACCUUUACUUAUUUCGUUCAAACGUGAAAACCGAUUUUUAAAUGCGUGCGCGCACGAUGCAAAACUUGUACUCUCAUUCAUUACGUUGCGAAAAUAUCCGCCGAUAUCUGUCACGUGCACCUCAUCAAUUGCAUAACUUGCACUUAUUGCAAAAAGAUAUACAUCGCUGAAACAGGAAGACGACCAGGUGACCGAUUCCGAGAACACCAUGGCGAUGUAGUAAGGAAUAAAGAGCACGCAUCAAAACCAUAUUCCCAGACACUUUUAUCUCAUUAAUCAUUCUAAGCAGCAGCGGUACAUGGAAGUCUGCGGCCUCUCUUUACAUCUUGGCAGUUCGGAAAGCCACAAAAUUCUACUAUAAGGCUAUGAUACGUUGUCUAUUUAAAAAUUAUCUAUAAUUGUGUAACUUUACUCAUAGUUUAACUUCAUCUAUCAAAAUUUAUUUUCAUUUGGUUUCGCUUCAUACAUCGAUAUGUUUAUUUUCAGACUGAUCCUAUGAGAAUUUAACUGAUUCUUAUUUAUUCCUUUGCAGUUGAUACAUGAGGCCUUCAUGUUUUCAUUAAAAGAAAUUUUCCAGUCAGAAUGGACAUCUGAAACUUUUGAAGCCUGGGACGCUUUAUCUAAAUUCAUGUUCAAGGCGAUGCUUACAGGCCUGAAUGAUACAUAA